CUCAGUUUGGUUCCUUUUCAUUGACGCUGUCCAAUACAACAGCGACCCACCUACUCUCCCCCAGAGGUCAACGCAUCCCCGCAUAUCCAAAAAUAUCCCCCCUCCGGUCCACUCUCCGAUUGGCCACCGCCACUGCCUGCGUUGAACGAGCCUCAUCUCGCGCUCUCCGUCUCUUCUUCCUGUCCUUCUGCGCGCAGCGGCCUUUCAGCGCUGAAGAGGAACGAAAAUAGACGCGGAGGAAGAAAACAAGGGGGAGAGAGAGAGAGAGGGAUGGAGGGUGUACAAGGUUUUUGAAGGUACACGAGGGCUUUAGGCGAGGUUUACCUCACGUCUUCAUCACAGCCCAACUGUGGUGAAGUUGGUCUGCGGAUCCGCUAGAUGGCAGCAGAAACCUCCCAGACGGAGCUUUCAACAUGGCGGCGGCCGUGGCUGAAACAUAAACGCAGCGAGAGGUCAACAUUCAUCCUGCUUUUCUCUCACUGAGGAAAACUUCCAAUCGGAAGGUUUGAAAUCUCACCGCCAAUCAGACAUAUCAGUGUGCAGUUAUCAUGGCUUUUCUUUCGCAUUUGAGGCCGAUGCUGUCGUCAGUCUUGCAAGCAUCUCAAUCUUCAUUUCCCUGGUCUGGAUCAGUUUUUGCCAGCUUUAGCAGAACCAUGGCUACACUCAAUCAGAUGCACCGCCGAGGUAAACUUCCCCCACCCCUCAAAAAGGUCGGCGCCACUUUCGGCAGGCCACAGCUGAAGGCUGUCGUCCUGAAGACCAUAAUCAGAAAGCCCAAAAAGCCCAACUCAGCCAACCGCAAGUGUGCACGAGUCCGCCUUUCCAAUGGCAAGGAGGCUGUGGCGUUCAUACCUGGGGAGGGGCAUAACCUUCAGGAGCACCAUGUAGUGCUAGUUGAAGGAGGGAGAACACAAGACUUGCCAGGUGUCAAACUCACAGUAGUCAGAGGCAAAUAUGACUGUGCCCAUGUAAUUAAGAAGAAACAGUGAAUUCUGUUGUUUGUUACUGGAACUCACAUUGAAAACCUACAGUUGAGUGCUUUGUUUGCUGAGGUUUAUUUCAGAAUCCUUGUUUUUUUUUUUUAAUUAAAAUGACAUCCCCAUGCUUUGGGAAUGUUAUUUGAAGUGUAUGGCUAUUCUUGAUCUUGGCUUCACAGUUGCAACAAAAAUAAACCUGUUAUUGACCCAAACACUUGGAGCAUGUGGAGGAACCGCUGUGGCUGUAGAGGCUAGUGUGAUGGUUUAAAUGGUUUACUGUAUAUAUAGCCUCCUUCAGGAGAUAUGUGGAACAGAAGGGCUCUCCAAGCUGUUUUAUGAAGGAAACUACAACUUAAAUAAAGACUCUGCUGCAGA